AUGUCGGUCAUCCUCUGCACUGCGGGGUAUGACCACACAAUUCGUUUCUGGGAGGCGCUCUCCGGCAUCUGCUCACGAACGAUCCCCCACCCAGACUCGCAAGUGAACCGCUUGUGCAUUUCGCCCGACAAGCGCUUCCUUGCCGCAGCUGGCCACCACACGGUCAAGCUGUACGAAAUCAAAUCGACGAACCCCAAUCCGGUGCUUACCUUCGAGGGCCACACAUCGAACAUCACGGGCGUCGCUUUCCAUUGCGAAGGCAAAUGGAUGGUAACGAGCUCUGAGGACGGCACGGUUAAGAUUUGGGAUACCCGCUCAGGCAGCGUCCAGCGCAAUUAUACACACGGCGUCCCGGUCAAUGAUGUGGUCAUCCACCCGAACCAGGGUGAGCUAAUUAGUUGCGAUCGUGGAGGAAACGUGCGCAUCUGGGACCUAGGCGAGAACAAGUGCUCACACCAGCUGAUUCCCGAGGACGAUGUAUCCGUCGCUAGCGUGACAGUAGCGAGCGAUGGCUCAAUGUUGGUUGCUGGUAAUAACAGCGGCAAGGUCUACGUCUGGCGCAUGGUCCAGCGGGGCGAAGUCACUUCGCUCGUACCCGUGUGCACAUUCGUCGCCCACCAGACCUACAUCACGCGCGUGCUGCUCUCGCCCGACGUGCGCCAUUUAGCUACGUGCAGUGCCGACCAUACAGCUAGGAUAUGGUCCAUCGACACCUCGCAGCCGCACAACGUGACCGUACAGGACAACCUCCCGGGCCCCGCCGACCGUGACGCCAACGCCUUCCCACUUGAGACGACGCUCCACGGACAUCAGCGCUGGGUCUGGGACUGCGCCUUCUCCGCCGAUUCUGCUUACCUGGUGACUGCAUGCUCCGACCACUAUGCGCGGUUAUGGGAGCUGAACAGCCAGAGCAUCAUUCGGCAGUACAAUGGACAUCACAGGGGCGCUGUGUGCGUCGCGCUGAACGAUACAGCUGUUGGUAACUAG